AUCCACAUCUUGGACCACCUUAAAAGAUGGUCCCUCCCUCGGCAUUGGCGCUCCGCAGCCUCCGAUUGGCGAGGACCUCAUGGAUGGAAUUGGUUGCAGAAAUGCAAAACUUGUUGCUGGUUCCCUGAAUGCGUUGAUCUCACACAGCGCCAAGCGCCAGACAAGAGUGUGAUCUAUCUCUGAAUUGCUCCAAGCUGGAAUAGACCACAUCAGAAUCGGGAGCAAAAGGAGUGCGUUAUAGUCUACAGAGUGCAAGAGUGAGGGACACAGCCGAUAGAGGUUCCGCGCCUACUGGGCGCUUGGUGGGCACAUGAUCAGGACAGGUUGGACUAUGCUGUCAAGCCGCUCUGUGAUGGUGGAGUGCGGGUAGUGAGUGCUGGAGGCUCCGGGACACGGUGGUGCAAAAGCAGCUCUCCAGAUAGCCAUCAUGACUGGGCUGGAUUUUCCCUCCGGACUUGUAAAAUUGCUUAUAGUUCAGUAAUAAGACAUUUCACACAGAACUGUGGGAAAUGUUUUCUUUUGAUUGCAAAACAACGACCAAUUAGAAUUGUGCAGAUUGCCGGUGGAUUUCUAUAGAAUGGGAUCUUGAAAGGACACUCCAAACUGUGCGUCCUGGGACAUUUGACGAACUGGAAUAAUGAAGUGGACGAAGAAGAUAGUUAUGUGUUUAUUUCAAUUUUCAUAAGCCUUGUGAACUCUGUCAAUCAUAAAUCAAAGGAGGGGUUUUUGUCAAGUUUGUAAAGAAGAAAUUUGCUUAGAAAACUUUGGAAUAUGAUAUUAUAUCAAAGUCACAUUGCAAGCGAAACAUAUUUUGUAUCAUUUGUAAAUUAAAGGAAUAAACAAACGCCUAUAGAAAUAGACGGAAACGAGCAAGGACAGACUGUAUUUUCUUGCUUCGUUGUCCUCUCCGGUUUAUUUUCGCCACAACACUUUAGGGACAAGUUGGAUAUUGGAAAAAACUAUGAGAACUUAUUGGGUGAGUGAACCGAUUUAAGAUCCAUGGGCUACGUUUUAAAUCAGAACUUUUAAGAUAUCAAAAAAAUCUAUUGGGCAUUCUCUUCUAUUUUCGUUUUUGUCCUCUUUUUUUUGUGUGGAGAUUCACAGAAAACCAGACUAAAGCUAGACUGCCUAUGCCAGGCUAGCUGGCUGUCAUGCAGGAUUGAUAUCGGGAAGUAUGUUUGGGCUGGAGCAGUUUGGUUCUCAGAUUAAUAGCAUAAACCCUGGCCAGUCAGAGAGAAACAUAAACCAGCCAAGACUGAACAUGAGCUCCCAUUACAAAAGCCCCGGCUUUCAUACCGGAGGCCCGCCGGGAGCCGUGGAGCCGGGCAUGGGCCCUUUGAACGAGCCUCCGAUGCUCGGGCUCAAUAUGAACAUGAAUGGGGAGCAGUACGGUGGCUUUCACCCGCGGGGUCACUCGGAAAUGCAUGCAGGCAGUGGACUCCAGCAGCAACAGCAGCAGCAAGGACCCAUGCAUGGAUUUUUCAACAACCAGCAACCUCAUCAAGGCCAUCCCCACGGCCACCAGUCUCACCCUCACCAACACCACCCUCAUUUCAAUGGGAACUUUGGAGGCCCAGACCCAGCAUCAUCCUGUCUGCAUGGUGGCAGAUUGAUGGGCUACAACAACAGUGGCAUGGGGCCUCAGCAGGGCUUUGGAGAGGGGUUUGACCCCAUCGCUGAGGGCCAAGCAGGGGACGGCUUCUCCCAGCAGCAGCAGCAGCAGCAGCAGCAGCAGCAGCAGCAGCAGCAGCAGCAGCAGAGAUCUGGUAACAUGUCUGAGUUCCAGCACAACGGCCCCCCUAACGGCAACCACGCUGUUCCUGCCCCCUGUCUACCCCUGGACCAGUCACCUAACCGGGCAGCAUCCUUCCAUGGUCUGCCCUCCUCUUCCUCCUCAGAGACCCAUGGUCUGGAGCCUCGACGGAUGCCCAAUCAGGGUGCUGUGGAGGGAUUAGAGUAUAAUUUCCCCAGCGAACCCCCAACUGGACAUUUUGAAGUACCUGUAUUUUCCCCCUCAGAAUCAGAGUCUCAGCUUCCUCACUUUGGACCAGGAAGGCCGGUGGCCGGUGGCAGUUUCCCUGGAAACCCUGCCAUGGCUCGGACACCGGGAAUACAGGGCAUCUCCAAAGGGCACCAGCAGCCACCCCCACAGCCCCAGCAGCCUCAGCAGCCUCAGCCUCCCCCACAGCACGGAGUGUUUUUUGAGCGCUUUGGGAAUGGCCGUAAGAUUCCCGUGGGGAUGGAGCUGGGGGUCAGUGCUAGACACCCUCUCAUGCAGCAGCAGCAGGCUGGUUUGAUAGCGCGACAGAACUCAUGCCCCCCAGGCCUCCCCCGGCCUCCCCAGUCUGAGCCGGGCUCCAUUAACCCCAACAUGCUGGACGGUGGUGUCAUGAUGCCUGUCCAACACAACCAGUUUGAAUAUCCUAUUCACAGACUGGAAAAUAGGGGCCUGCACCCCUAUGGGGACCCCAUGUUUAAUAUGCAACAGCCGGCUCCUCCUCCUCCCGCCCAACAGCCUCCGAAUCAGAGGCUGCAACAUUUUGACUCUCCUUAUAUGAACAUGGCUAAAAGGCCCAGAUUUGAGUUCCCUAACGCACACGGAGGGGAGAAUUGCGGCACGUGGGGUAGUGGCAUGCACAAUGUGCAGGGCAUGGAGAACCACCUCUCUCCCUCGGCCUACCCUGGCCUACCUGGGGAGUUCACGCCACCUGUGACAGAUGGUUUCCCCCCGGGUCCACUCCAGCACGCUGGGCCGGAGCAGCAGUCUAUGCAGCAGCGGCAGAAUGCGGCCAUGAUGAUCAAGCAGAUGGCCUCUCGGAACCAGCAGCAGAGGAUGAGGCAGCCCAGCCUGCAGCAGCUGGGUCACCAUGGCGACGUACCUCCAGGCCCCAUGGUUCAUGGAGGCCCAGUGGGGAGCAUGCCGCAGCCCAACUUUGACAGGGAGAAUGGGGGCAGGAUGCCCAACUUUGAGGGUCAGAACCCUCAUAUAACUCAGGAGAACUGGUUCCCCGGUUCUCACCCACCAGGAGAGAUCAUGUCGCGGCGUAUGGGGGUAACGGGUGGAGAGGCUUUAGCCCACGACAUGGGGCUGCAGCAGAAUGGAGUCGGUAUGAUGUUCAGGCCGGGCAUGAAUGGGAUGGGCAUACAGGAGCCAAUGAGGAUACCUGGAGAUGGACACGUACAGGCUCUCCACUCUCCUGGUAUGCACCCCCAGUUUGGCAACAACAUGGGCAAUCUCUCCCAGAUGCAGUCCCCCGGAUCCGGGAUAGGACACCCCAAUGCACCAUCAGAGAGGCGGCCGACUGACUUCCCUGCCGGGCCUCCCAUGGGAUCUCAAUCAACGUUUCCUUAUGGAGGGGUUAACCGUCAGGGGGCACCACAUAGCAAUCCCCAGGGGGUGAACACCUCACCAGGGAGCUACCCUCCACAGUCUGAGUUCCCCCCAGGCCAGCGAUCCUCUGUCAGUAAACUUGGGGCACUCUCCCUGGGGAACUUUAGCAAAACCAGCACUAAAGACAAUGUUUUCGGGCAGAGCUGCCUGGCGGCCCUUUCCACGGCCUGCCAGAACAUGAUAGCUAGCCUAGGGGCCCCCAACCUAAACGUAACAUUCAACAAGAAGAACCAAAAUGAGGGCAAGCGAAAACUGAGUCAGACGGAGCAGGACAUUAAUAGCAGCACAGUUAACGGGACUGGCAGUGCUGGUCCUGAAUAUUUUCAGAGCGGCACUUCCCAGAACAGCCAGAUGCCUGGCAACGGGAAUAGCAACAUUAAACCUGCAGGUCAAAACCAGACGCUGCAGGGGGAAGCCAGUGCCCUCUCCCCAAAUUACAACAUGGACGCUACCCCAUGCAGUGAGGGGAAAGCAGCAACAGGGAACGGGAGAGGGAGAGGGAGGAGAAAAAGGGACAGCGGGCAUGUGAGCCCUGGGAUCUUCUUUUCCUCUGACAGCGGAAACCCUGUUGUAAGUCCAGGCCAGCAACCCCCUUCAGCUGGCGUUGGGGAGAGGGGUGGGGGUACGCCCCAUGAGAAACCCCUCCCAUCCCCCUCCUGGGGAAAAGGAGGUGACCUUAUGCUGGGGGACCAGGCAGACCUGAUGUCUUCUCUGGACAGUGGCAUUCAGAGUGUCACCAAGUCUAACAGUAACUCACCGCGCAUAGAUUUUCCUGAUGAUGUCAGCGCCCACUACGGCAACGAGGAUGAGGUGUCCUCUAGCUCAGAUGCAGGAGGUGCUCCUGCCUCCAAGCCCAACCGCAGCCCGCACAUCACCGGCUCACCCAAGCUGCAAAGGGGGGAACAGGGCCUGAUGAAUGGGCAGAAGCCCCUAGGCAUGCAGGACAUCACCAAUCACACUACCUCGACACCCGACAGCUAUGGACUGAGUGCUGGCGGGGGCACGGUGGGAAACGGAGUUGGUCACCCGGGCACACCUGGGAUGGAGCAGGUACGCACCCCAUCCAGCACCUCUGGCCAGGAUGACAUCCACCCUCUGGAGAUACUGCAGGCCCAGAUCCAGCUGCAGCGCCAGCAGUUCAGCAUCUCAGAGGACCAGCCUCUGGGCAUGAAGAAUGGCAAGAAGAGUGGUGACUGUCUCUCACAGAACGGAGACAAUGAGCUGGCGAGCUGCAGCCCGGAUGCUGGGAAGGGCUCAAUGGGCACUAUUGACCUUGACACUCUGAUGGCAGAGCAGCACGCCACCUGGUACGUGCCCAGCGACAAGGCCCUGAUGGAUGGGUCAGAGGACGACAAGGCCAUGGCACCCUGGGAAAAAAACAAGAGCCAGAAUAACAGCAAAGAAGUUUCCUAAGCGCGUCUUGCGGCCUGAGGGGGAGGUGUGUGUGUACGAGGGGAUGGCUGAAGGGAGAGAGUUUACUAGAGAAGGGGUGAGGAGGAGCGACCGGGCCAAGGCCUGCCUGGGCAAGUUUUUUUCCUUCUUGUUGCAGGCCAGAGAACAGAGAGGAAAUUCAAACCAAAAUAACCCCUGUGCCCUCGCUUGAAAAAUGUGCCCCCUCCAUAUCCACCCUUCUCUGAGGGGAAAGGUCAACCUGUGGCAGUGGGGUUGAGUGGGGGUCGGAGAAGGCCUCCCAUGCCAUACUCCCCCACACCAACUACCAACCCCCAGGCCACCAUCAGAUACCUGGGUCAUACCUCCAGUAGUUCCCAUAUUCCUCGCACAGGGAUUCCUGUAGCCCCUCACCAAGCUAGUUGAAAGCAGAUAACUUAAUGAUUUUGUAUAUAUAUUUUGGUGAUUGUGAUUUAAUGUGAAGCCUUGCUCUGCUGGUCGGUCUGCUUAGUGCAGUAGAGAGGCGCCGGAUCACAUGUCCUGCUCUCAGGUACCAUGAGCCUUCAGGAAAAGUGUUAAAGACCUAAAUGACUAACCUUUAAAGUAUGCUCUAUGAUAACAGAAAUGUUACAUCGUUUUUCUGUGUUCUUUACCAUCACUCCUUAGAUUGUCGAAAAAACAGACUUUGUAUCUGUGCAUUGUGCUCGCGAACUUAGAAUCUUCUCUAAUGUCCUUAGUGUUAGUUUUUUAUCAUAGCGAUCCUAAUUAAAUGUGUCUUCUAAUUUCUAAUUCUAUGGUUGUUAUGCUACAGGAAUCUGUUCUGAAUUCACUCACUGUCAUAGGAGCAGAGGCCUCUAGGUGUUUUCACCAGAGAGAGGCGAAGGCGGAUUGGGCUGGUUUGUGUUCGGUGAGGGUAAGGUCGAGCCCCGGGGAGCACAGGGUUAAAGGUGAAGUGUCGUCAUAGAAGUAUAGCUUGGGAUAGAAUGGACCUUGGAAAUCAAUGUGACGGCUCUGGGAAAUUCUCUGGCUCCGAAAGAGAGACCAGCGAACACCAAGACACACAUAUACAUAGUCUUAUUUAGUACAGUGCUUGCGAAAGUAUUCGGCCCCCUUGAACUUUGCGACAUUUUGCCACAUUUCAGGCUUCAAACAUAAAGAUAUAAAACUGUAUUUUUUUGUGAAGAAUCAACAACAAGUGGGACACAAUCAUGAAGUGGAACGGCAUUUAUUGGAUAUUUCAAACUUUUUUAACAAAUCAAAAACUGAAAAAUUGGGCGUGCAAAAUUAUUCAGCCCCCUUAAGUUAAUACUUUGUAGCGCCACCUUUUGCUGCGAUUUCAGCUGUAAGUCGCUUGGGGUAUGUCUCUAUCAGUUUUGCACAUCGAGAGACUUACAUUUUUUCCCAUUCCUCCUUGCAAAACAGCUCGAGUUUCUAAUGCACACAUCUGCACAAGGACUUGGUACACAAUGUGCAUUUAACUAUCAUAACACUUAAUUUUUACCUGCCUUUACAACAUAAUAAUUACCAUUAGCUUCAUCAGUUUACAUUAAUCGUUUAAUAAAAUGUUUAGGUUGACAAUUAUAGUUAGAUUGUGAGAAUAUGACAUUUCUUGUCGUUCAAUAAGGAUUCCUUCCCAGGGUUGUUUACAGACUUAGAGAACUGAUGGCAUGACGUGCACUAGAUUCAGGCCGGCAGCUUCCGACAUAUUGGUGUCAGCCAGACAGAAAAACAGAAACAGAGCAGUGUGCUGUGCUGUGCUGUGCUGUGCUGUGCUGUGCUGUGCUGUGCUGUGCUGUGUGUGUGUGUGUGUGUGUGUGUGUGUGUGUGUGUUCUCUUCACAGCACGCUAGUGGAAAGCGUUGUUCACCUGUGUAUAUCGUCACGAGCUGUGUCUGUGUGUCUGUGUGUCUGUGUGACGGCUCUAUAAGCCUACGUGGAGGAGUCACACUGUAAAUCACACACGUUUAGAAAGAGGAGAGGAAUAGAGGUGGAUUAAAAAACGGAGCGUUUGAAUUGCCAUGGUUACCUUUUUUGACUUGUAAUAUGGUUAGGGAUAUUUAACUGUAUUUGUGGUUCAGCUUAGUUGGUUGUGAUAUUAUUGUUUUCUUCUUUAUUGGGUAUUCGCCCUGUGUGAUGCUAAGCACUCGUUCUCUGAGAUGAAUAGCCUAUCACUGAGAUAUCACUGUGGAUAUGAACAGUACGCUGCAUGGCAAAAUAAUGCGAGUCAUUGAACAGCCUUAACAAGGUUUUAUUGAAAAGAGAUUCCACAGCUUGUAAAAUGUCACGGUGAUUUGGGAUUUAGGCCUGUGUGAUGUAGAAUUUCACACUGACGUUUCCACUUUUGAACCAAUAUGGUGCCGUGGAUAAUGCUUAACAUUUAAGUGUAGCGUGUAGAUUUUCCACCGAAAUUCCAUCUCUCUCGGCUCCCAGGGUAUUACCUAGAAAUAUCCACAGAUACACUACAAUUGACUGGCUUACUCCUUAAAUGGAGAGCUUUGUAUUAUUUUAAAGGAAAAUGUUUCUCUGCUUGUAAUAAUACAAUUUGAGAGGUACUUUUUUUUGAUUAUAGGUACUUUUUUUGAUUAUAGGUACAUUUUUUUGAUUCUAAAAACAUUUUUAAAAUGUAACUAGGAAACUGGUGGCAAUCACAACAUUGUAAAUGAUUGUUUAUGUGAAAGUAUCAUUGGUAAUGCUAAUGUUUUUAUUUUGAUAUAUAAAGUAACGUGGUCACACGAGCACACGUCUGAGCAUGGCUCUGGGACAGUGGGAGUGGAUGCUUUUGACUGUGUGUUUACAGUCCUUGUCCUUGCAUGUAUGAGGCUGGGGGCCAUGUCUGUCUGUUUUGGGACCAUGCAGACUGUGUGUGGAGCGGCAGCUGAGGGCUGGUGUGGGUAUGGCAGCAGUGGCGGUGGUUGGCGGUGUGUUUUGUGGCUGUGUUGUCAGAUUGCUGUGUGUCAGCAGAGAGCCAGGGGAACGCUUGGCUGCCUAUUCAGGCCGGUGUGGACCCUGCUGUGCCCAGCUACCAUGGGCUGUCGGCGGGUGCUGGAGGGCACAGUGCUGGGGAUGGGAGUGGGGGGUAGGAGGAAGCACUUGGAGAGGGGGUUGUGGUCCAGGCUCACUGAGUAUGGGUGUCAGCCAUGCAGAGGUGUAUGGCAGGGCCCUCUGGCAAACGCUGGCUCUUGCCACCAUCACCAACUAAUCCCCACACCCACAACCCCACACACCCGUCCCCUCCCCCUCUGCCUUCCUCUCUCCCACACCGUCGCUCCGCUUAGUCUCCAGAGUCCUUGGGUGAUUUGUGCGGAGGAGGAGGGAGAGAGAUGCGGGAGCGACGUGAGCUUGGCUGCGUGACCUUUUACCAAAUCCCUCCGCUUUUCCAUUCCAGUGGUCGCUGCCCAGACAGGCUGGGGGGCAAGGCUGCCUCACUACCGCCCUGCCUUCCCGGCCCUAGCCUGUCCACCCUGCCUCCUUCACUCUCUGUCCUGACCUGGCCUUGUUUCUCUGGCUGCAUGUUGUUAACACCGUGUCAUAGUUGCUCCAGGGAAGUAAAGGAAGGGAGAAAUAUAUACAGAGAGAGUGAGAAAAACAAAAAAGCAUUUGGGAAGAGAGAAGAGAUAAAAAGGAAAGUGUGACACAGAGACUGUUUUGAGGUCAGAGUAUCUUUUCUCUUCUUCUCUCUCUCUGUUCUGUCACUUUGUUGAGUAGUGAGGUGGGCAGAUCAGAGUAGUGAUGGUGUGAUGUACAGGCCCUGUGCCUAGAGCAGAGUGUGUAUCAUAGUCUCCUGUCUCUGACGCCUGUACCUCAGCAUGUCUGAGCUAUUUAGAGCUUGUCUGUCUCUGCGGCUACGCUCCCACUCAAAGCAGUAGUAACAACCUGGGGCUGAGGAACACAGCAGAACAGUGUUUUGAGUGCUAAGGACAGAUGGGAAUAGCCUGAUUGAUUUUUACAGCAGGUAUCCACCAUGUUCACGCACUCUUUUUUUUAGAAUGCUCAGAGCAUGCUUGGAGGCAGACCCCAAACGCAUGCUGCAAUGCUGCAGUCACCAAUGGGGCUUACUGAAACCAGCGAUAGUAAGAGUCUGACAACCUCUCUCUCCCGUCAUCUCUACAUCUAACUCCUUGCCCUUCUCUCCUUCCUGCCCCUCCUACACUCUCAGAAUGCUGCUGGUCUAUAUCAUGGCAGAUGCGUGUAAUUUAGCCUAGCACUUUCUGUCCUCGUCAAUCUACCUCUCGCAAAUGUUUUCUUACACAACGCAUGCAAUUUGACUCAGAGGAUGGAUUAUGCAUCUCAACCGGCAGCGUUCCCCAUGUCCCUCUAGAAUUGCACGGCUGAUUUUUAUACAACCUUCGAUAAACCUAUAUAUGGAUUUUCUGGAAGCUUGGUUCCAUUUAAUAUAGGUUUGACACCUCGGUGACGUGGGGUCGAUUCUGCAGCAGGGUCAUUAUACCAGUAAAUUAGGUCAUGCAGAGUUAAAGGUCAGCCUCCUCACAGCCCUCUGACCUCAUGACCAGAGGUUAGGGAGGAGUGCUCCCCAUUUGCACGGGUGACCGGGACUGACAGUGUGUGUGUGUGUGUGUGUGUGUGUGUGUGUGUGUGUGUGUGUGUGUGUGUGUGUGUGUGUGUGUGUGUGUGUGUGUGUGUGUGUGUGUGUGUGUGUGUGUGUGUGUGUGUAUGUGUGUGUGUGUGUGUGUGUGUGUGUGUGUGUGUGUGUGUGUGUGUGUGCGUGGUCCUCAUAGGCAAGGAGAAGGUGGGGGAUGGGUUUAGAGCGUUGUCGUUUUCCAGCCUGCAGGAUGGGGGUGGGAGAGGGAGAAGGAGAAGGAGAGGGGUUAUUGAGGUCAUUUUACUGCACAGAUUUUGAGUGGGAUGAGAAUUAGGAUCUAAUUUAGAUAUAGGAUUUUAUGAUUAAUUCUAGUGUUGACAUAUUGACUGAAGAUGUUUAUUUUGGUUGUUGAGGAUGAAUGAAUGUAUCCUUAAUGUUCCUCAGUGCUGGCCCACUCACUAACCCUCUCCUCUCUCUG